GUUAUAGCGAAAAUGGUGAAGAAUCACCUAGAUAAAAAUGGUAGCUUCACGGGCAGCCCGAAACCACCUCAUCCGACCACGUCAACUGAUCCACAUUCGCGAAAAAGCAGCCAGGAAGAAUUGGAUCACUCCUUGAAUCAUCACAAUGAGGAUGUCAAGAAGUUAUCGGAUGAUAUUGAUCGAUUCAUCAAUGAACUUUCCACAUGUCAUGAUAAAUCAAAUCCCCCUGAAGUCCCUGAAAUCAUUGAGACAUUCUCAAAAAUCAUUGAGUCGAAAAUCAGUAAGCAUAAUACUUGUGAAAAUUCGUCCACAAGAUUAUGCAAGAUGACGGAGGAGGACAACUUUUUCGUUGAAGCAGUGUCACGUUUAUCCAAAUUGACUAAUUCCUUGAGUGAAUUUCCUUCAGGUUCAACGACCACUAGGUCGUUGAACAGAACGAGCAUGGUCCUACAACGGGCCAUGACGUUAAUGGAAGAGGAUUUGAGAGCCUUGUUAGAAGAUUCUUCUUCAAGUCAUGUUAAAGUUUAUAAAAACUCUUCCUUCAAUUCAAACAGGCUAUUAGUAGAUGGGGAACAAUGUAGUUUAACUCUUUCGGACUCGAGUGGAGAGGAGGAAUAUCCGUCAUUUCCUCCUGACACGGUGACAAGAAUGAACCGAAUAGCCUCUACCAUGAUCAUGGCAGGCUAUGAAACAGAAUGUUGUCAAGUGUACUCUAUUACGAGGGGAAAUGCAUGUGUUGAACAAAUGAAGAAGCUCGAAUUCGAGAAGAUCAACAUGGAGGAUGUUCAAAGAAUGCAAUGGGAUUCUUUAGAAGGAGAGAUCACACGGUGGAUCAGAGCUGUUAAAAGUUGCUCAACAACUCUGUUCCCCGGUGAAAAGAGACUCGGGGACUCUGUUUUCUCUGAGUCUCCAAUGAAUUCUCAAACCCUAUUUAGCAACCUGGCUCGCGCAAUUGUCAUUCAGCUUCUCGACUUUGCUGAGGCUGUAACUAUGACCAAACGCUCCGCGGAGAAACUCUUCAAAUACCUAGACAUGUAUGAAGCCUUGCGUGAUCUCAUUCCAUCCAUAAAAAACUCGCCCUCAAAUGAAUGUGAGAACGAAUUGAAUUCAGAGAUUCAAGCUACAAUAGACAGGUUAGGUGAAUCAGCUGUAAGUAUAUUUAGUGAUCUCGAAAAUUCCAUAAAGAACGACGUUGCAAGGACACCCGUCCCUGGUGGGGCAGUGCACCCCCUAACGCGUUACGUCAUGAAUUAUUUAAAAUAUGCUUGUGAAUACAAAAUCACCCUAGAGCACAUCUUCCAUCAACACGUAAAAUUCGAAGAAUCCAAUUCCAAUUCCAAUUCCCCUGCCAAAUUGAAGCCAACAUUGGAGGUAGAAGCAGAGAACGAUAGCCCACAUUGUAACUCCGAGACAACGCCAUUUUCAAUACAGCUCGUGACGAUAAUGGACCUUCUUGACACGAAUCUUGAAGCAAAAUCAAACCUUUACAGAGACCCUGCUUUACGCGAUAUUUUUCUAAUGAACAAUGGUAGGUACAUUUUACAAAAAGUGAAAGGUUCCGCGGAGAUACAUCAAGUGAUGGGCGAUACGUGGUGUAGGAGACGAUCAACGAUCGUUAGACAUUACCACAAGAACUAUCAAAGGGAGACAUUUGGUAAAGUACUUCAAAUCCUAACACAUGAUGGAAUGCAAGUACACGGGAAAGUGGCGAAAACAACAGUUAAAGAGAGGUUCAAGAAUUUCAACGCGAUUUUCGAUGAAAUACAUAGGAGUCAGAGUACUUGGGUUGUGAGUGAUGAACAACUUCAAUCAGAGCUUCGAGUUUCGAUAUCUGCAUUGGUGAUUCCUGCUUAUAGAUCAUUUUUUGGGAGAUUUCGACAGUAUUUGGAUAAUGCAAAGCAAGCAGAGAAGUAUAUAAAGUAUCAACCAGAGGAUAUUGAAAUAUUGAUCGACGAUUUUUUCGAUGGAAAUUCUACAUCAAUGGCUAGAAGGAAGACAUAGUUGUUAUAAUCAUAAUGCAGAAAGUGUGAUAAGUAGUAAGCAGAGUUGAGAAUUUUGUAUGACAUAUUAUUAAUUAUUGUAUUUCAUUUCCCCUUUUAUAUG